UUACGCGCCCGCGGGGCGAUAACGGUUAUCGAGCCGCGCCGAGCAUAUCGAAGGCGCGGACGGCAGUGGCGGGGCAGGCGCGGGUGAAAAGUGCCGACCUCGUGCAUUCCGCGCCCCAUUGACCGGGAAAUUUGACCGUGCUCCUGUUAAGUUAAUCGGGGCCGUCCACCAGAGGCUACCGUGAGAAGGUCGAACGAAUAACCGAGCCGCGGGAGGACGGACAGUCGUAGACGACACGACGUUCGGCGAGCGGCCGAGCGAAUGCGAUCGGCGAGCGGUGCGAGGCGAGACGCGAACGACAGACCCGCGGCACCGGGAACGCGGGUGGACCAUGGCGCGCGAGGACGACUCGUCGCUCCUUGGGCGGCUGCAGAUCCUGAUGGAGGACGAGAUGGGCCCGGGAAGGCUCAUCACCUACGGAAUCGCCAGCGCUGGCCUGCUCGCGGCCCUGUACAAAAUUAGACCCUUCGCCAAGUUCACGAAACCGUCCGACGUCCCGCUGCACUUCGUGCGGUCGCAAGUCCCGCUCCAGGGGACCGUGCGACGCGUGGAACCGAGCUCCGCCAGGGUUCUACUGCUGGUCGACCACCGGCCCUUGCUGCCGCUUCCCCGUUUCAACGAGGCCUACCUGCCCGUGAAGAUCGGCGGCGUGGAUAUUACCGGCAACGGUGUGAGUUGGCUGCAAACCGUGCUGAGUGGAAAGCGCAUCACGUUCCUGCCCAUCGUCAGGGAGAAGGAGUACUUGGAAUGCGUGGUAACGAUGCCGGAAAAGGAUCGGAACUCGUUGGAGAUCGGCGAGGAGCUAGUCAAAUUAGGCCUAGCUACGGUGCACGAGCCUUGGACGAAGCUGAAAGACAAGCACGUUGUAGCGUACAAAAAUUCUUUAGCGAACGCGCAAAAGUGGGCGGUGCGUAGGAGAAACGGAUAUUGGCACUUCGUCAAGCAGCCGACGGUCUUAUGGAAAGUACAAAUGUUCGCGAUUGAUAGAAUGAAGUCGUUGUUGCCUGCUGUCGUAGUAAGACGGCUUGAUCUGUAGGUGCUCGCCUUGUUUUAGCGAUAAACUUCCAGAGUGAUAUAUUUUUGAUAGUAUAAGAGAGAGAAUGUGUAUAUUGUGUAGUUAAGUACUUAAGGACUUUUUAAUAAAAGCUAUGUUCCUAA